AUGGCUCCUCCAAAGAACACAACUAAGAACGCAUGCAUGCUAGUCGCCGAGGCAAGCAAGACCAAGCAGCCAAAAGAAGAGCAAGACGAAGUUGCUUGCAGUCGAGAUGAAUUGGAGGGAAGUCCACAUUCGGGCGAUGAUUCAUCGUUGCGAAGAGAGGCUCGGUCAAGAAUUCGUCGCAACAGAGAAGGUGCCAAGGUAAAGGAAAAAGCCUGGGCUUUAAAGUCCCAUCGCUCUCCAAACAGAAGCUCGACAAGAGAUGGAAGCCUUAGACAAGCAAAAGAGACGAGUAACACCUUCAGCUCAAAGCAAGUCGCCUACAAGGAUUCCAGCUAUUGA